AUGAGCACAUCCCUUCAAUCUUACCACGCCCGCAGAGCCACAGCCUUCUACCGCCGCCGUGAGCACCUGCGGCAGAUCCUGGCCGUUGAUUUCCGCAUAUCCGACGACAGCGGGGACAGCAUUCUCGUGUGCGGGCGGCGGGCGGCGGACCGGGGGAAACUGGCGGCGUUUGUGCAGCACGGGACGGUGGUGCCUUUGGCGUCUAGCAAGCGGAUCAUCGGCUUCCUGGAUACUUCCUGGCUGGAGCAGGAGCAGCAGUUUCUGGAGACCCAUCCAAAUUUGCAGCCUUCGGAUCUGGUUAUCUCCCGAGGGAUGGUCACGGAGGGGCAGACGGUGAGCGUGAUGGGGCUUCUAAGAGAAGCAAGACCUUUAGAGGACGACGGGGAGACGAUCCGCAGCAGCAGCGUGUGGUCUACAGCACAGGAGGGGCUGGUGCUGGAGCCGCUGUGCGCGCCUGUGAACGUGGGCGAGUUCUUCCUCUGCUGGGGCUUCUUCCCUGUGUACUUCCCUACCUGGGUGUCCGGGCUGCUAGUUUCAGACAACCAAGGGCUGUUUUAA